AGACGGGAGGAGGAGGAGGAGGAGGUGGUGGUGGUGGCUGAGGAGGUGGUUGGGGAGAUAAUGGACUAUGAAGGCGACGAGACGGAUGACUGCACUUCACCGCCAUCGAAACUUUUUUGCCCAACACCAAAACCGAUACGAUUAGACCAGAGGCGUUGGUAUCAAAAAAACGGUGUCGGAAGAGGACGACGAAUCUUCACAUCAGCAGCUGAUGAGGGGCUGCAGUUGCAGAAACCAUUAACCAGUAGUUGGUCUGGUGAGCAGCAGGGAGUGGAUGCACCUGCAAAUUUGUGCAACAACACGUGUUCACCAGCAAAGGACGAAGCCGAGGAAAGCAGUGAUAAAGAAAACAACGAUCCACAAUCAACAACAUUCAAGCGAUAUGAUAGAAACAUAAUGACAGAAGCGGCGGCGGGCCCACUGUUGUGUUUUUUGCUGAAUGGUAACGAUUCGUGUCGUGUUAUUACUAGAAUUAUAGAUCUAUUGUGUACACUAAAAGCAAUGUGUGUAACACGUGCUGAUAUCGAAAAAUGUUUUUUAGUAAACUUAUUUGAAAAAAACACACAAGCAAGUGAAUGUGUUGAUGAUGAUGAUAAGUUUCAUUUAAGUAUAUGCUCCCAUAACAAUGUAUUUUUGAAAGAAGCAAAUCAAAAUGGAUUCGAUGUGGUUGAUACUUUACGUAGCAGCAGUAACCUAUCCAGUAUAGUUGUUGUGCAGAUGCGCAUGUGUAAGCAGCAAGCGCGCAGCAGCAGCAAGAGUUGA